AUGAAUCCCACGAUGUAUCAGAAUGAUUUUGUGACGAUUUCACAGGAGACUCUGCGGGAUGGCACGAUGUUUAAUUUGCAAUUGAAAAGGACACCACCGGCUGAUAAUAUGGACAAUAGCAAUAUUGGAGCUAAUAAGUAUAAUCAGUGGCAGUUUGAUUACGAAGAGCAAGAACUGAGUAAUGAUUUGACCGGAAAGACCUUGGAGGAUGAGAUCUUCAGUUUCCAGCAAGGAACUUCAAUCAGGGCCAUGGGCGACGAUAUCAGAAGGUUAUCGAUAAGCGAGUACCAUCGUGACGAUCCAAUGUACUAUGAGUAUGAGUUUUUCAACAAAGAUGUGAUGAACGGUAGUAGUAGUAGGGUAGGUAAUCUUGGGGGCAUGGGUAGUUCUAGGUCCGGAUCUGUGUUUUCUGAUGAGGAUAACGAGUUUGAUAUCGACAUGGAUCAAGAGUCAAUUUUUGUCAACGUGGGGUCAAAAUCUGUGAACGAUGCAACGCAGACAGUACCACAUACAACGAAUUCAAUGGCAUUGUUGUUAUCUGGAUUGGAUGAAGAUGUGUCCAUGAACUUGGAUUUGGACGAUGAGAAUGAUGGUACUGGUAACAGUGGGGUGAAGAAACUAUUCAAAUUGAAUAAGAUGUUCAGGAACAACAACAAUAGAGACCUCAUAUCGGAUGAUGAACCUCAGCAGAUCUUCAAGAAGAAGUACUUCUGGUCCCGAAAACCAACGGUACCUAUAUUGAGGAAUUCAGAACCAGUAUCCACGUCUCAUGGUGCUGGUCUUCCGCAUGCGCAUGCUGAACAUGCUCCUGCCACAGUUUCUUCUCACAAUGCGGAAUUUGAUGAUGACGAAAUGACCGAUGUGGAGACUGGGAACCCAUCGAUGGCAGCAGCGAUUGUCAACCCAAUCAAGUUGUUGGCUACUGGGGAGACUAAAAAUGACUCUGAUUUGAUAACUCUCAGUUCACACAGCACAAAGAUAAAUAGUCUGGAACCAGAUCUGAUCCUUUCGUCUAAUUCGUCGAUCAUGUCUGCAGUGAAGAAGAAUACAACGGGAUCGAGAAGUAUAAGCUCGGCAUCCUCCUCUUUGCUGUCUCCUCCACCAAUGGUACAGGUUAAGAAAGCGGAAUCGUUAUCAUUGGCAAAAGUCAUCUCGAGCAAGGAUUCGAUUUCAACGAUAAUAAAGAAACAACAAGGUGUGCCAAAGACAAGGGGACGGAAACCUUCGCCAAUACUGGAUGCUUCAAAACCAUUCGGCUGUGAAUACUGCGAUCGUCGAUUCAAAAGACAAGAGCAUUUGAAAAGGCAUAUCAGGUCUUUGCAUAUCUGUGAGAAACCGUACGGUUGUCAUCUUUGUGGGAAAAAAUUCAGCAGAAGUGACAACUUAAGUCAACAUUUGAAAACACAUACACACGAGGACAAGUGA